AAUUUCCUCUAUUCGGUCCCAAUGACGUCAUUCGAGUUCGACGUAUCACUGUUUACUUUCAUGGCUGCUCCAAUUCUACUGAGAAUAUUCCUGCUGUCAUCCUGAGCGAAGCCUUUGCAAUUAUGAAAACACGCGCUAAAGCAAGCAGACUGAAGAAUUAAGUUGUUUUCUUUUCAAAUUCUAUAACCAAUGUAUAACUGAUAAAUAUUGCUCUCAAGCAACUUCAGACGCUGAGGCUUGUCUCGUCAACAUCACGAAGAAUAACCGUUCGCUCAGCCUAACAAACAACAAGACCUACAUCUGGGCGAUAAUUAUGCAUAGAGCAAUAUUGGCGAUAGCCGUGGUUUUUCCAUUUGUUGGUUUUGUGAAGUCAUUGGUCCCGUCAUGUAGUUCGCCUCCCUGUCUGUUCUUCAGUACUUCAUCGCGUAUCAAGUCCUUGUCGCUUAGUAACCCCUCUUCAUCGACCACUGUUAUUAAAAGCCUGAGUAAUGCGAACGCACUAGCGAUAGACGUUAGGGAGGGGCUGUUGUUUUGGAGUGAGACUCAAGCGAUCAAGAGCUUCAACCUGAUAAGCGGACAAACCAAGACGAUUCAAUACAGACCGAACAGCCAGGUGCGCGGGCUGGAUGUGGACUGGGAGAGCUCGCUAUUAUACUUCACGGAUUUUUUCUACGAGGAGAUUGGUAUCGUGACGUAUGACGGCAAGCGCAAUAAGACCCUGAUCACCGCCGGUGUCGCCAACCCCCAUGGGAUUGCUGUGGACCCAAGCAGCGGUUACAUGUUUUGGACAGACUGGGGCAACAAAGCGCGUAUCCAAAGAGCCUCGCUUUCAGGCCAUAACCAGACCACCCUAGUGGAUUUGCAAUCUUCUACACAGAACUACCCCCACGGGAUAGCGCUUGACCUUGCCGCUAGGAGAGUGUACUGGAUCGAGAGUGCGACAGAUCAGAUCCUGUCUGUUGACUACGACGGGCACAACGAGCGGUCAGUACACUCUACCUAUCACGAUAUGCACGAGUCGGACCUGGUGAUGGUACAAUCAAUGUUGUACUGGAGCGAUUAUUAUUUCGAUGUUAUUCGCAAGACCGACAAGGCUUCUGGGAUGACGACAAAAGUGUAUUCUGACUCGUAUCUUGUGAAGGGGCUUGCUGUUUAUGACACAGGGAGCCAGCCACAAGUGUUUCAUGAAUCAGGUCAGACCACGUGCAAGGCCGGUGUACAUCAAUGUUCUUACCUCUGCACUCUUUCCCCACAUGGAGCCCAGUGCGCAUGUCCAGACCACCAGGACCUUGCCGUUGACCAACAAACUUGCAACAAAGAGAACACAGGAGAAUACCUUCUCUUUGCCGACUGGCGCAACUUGCAACACAACAACAUGGACGGAACGAUUCGCAAAAUCUCCCUCACUUCAAGCAACCCUCAACCCGUAGCCCUACCAAUACCCGCCCUCAAACAGCCAAUCACAGUAGCCUAUGACGUCAUAGAGGGGUAUGUCUACUGGUCGGAUGACUAUUAUGCUCAUAUAUCAAGAAGCACUUUGAAUGGCUCGUCUAUCAGCGUGGUGGUACGCGGUCUAGGGAGUGUGCGAGGUCUGGCUGUGGAUUCUGUUGGAAGAAACCUGUAUUGGACGGACAAGGCAGCGAAUAAGAUCGAGGUCGCCCGCCUUGAUGGCUCGUAUAGAAAGACUUUAGUCUAUAAGAACCUGGCAAGACCGACCGCCCUGACUCUGGAUAUAGGGAAAGGUCAUCUGUACUGGACGUCAUACGGUACCUUCUACAACAAGCCUCGGCUAGAGAGACUGGACAUGAAUGGCGACAAUCGCGUUCUCAUUCGACAACUCCCUUGGGACGCGGCACCUGAUGGAAUGGCGCUAGAAGGAAAUCGAAUUUAUUGGACAGACAGCUCAGACAGCUACUAUCAUAGAAUUCAGUACAUAUCACUCCAGAAUCCGCAGUCCAUAUUUUCCCUGAUUUCCAGCCCCACUGAUCACUUUGUUGGCCUGGCGAUAAUGUCAGGGGAUGUCUACUAUACGAAAAUUAUGUCAAAAUUCAGGACAGGAUCAGUAGUCCGGACUCGUGAAAACACAAAGAUCGAGCUUGCCUGGUACAUGAAUAAUCCAGAGGGUUUGUGUGCAGUGAACUCCAGCCUUUUGACGAACCCAGGUGAUAAUCAUAGCGAUGAUGAUACUGUAUCGACCUUGUGUAAAACAAACAACUGCGGGUGCAGUCAUUUAUGUUUGCUAUCACCGAACGGCUCCAAGUGCGCAUGCCCGAAUCAAAUGACCCUGAAACCUGAUGGGAAGACAUGUUUCCACCAAGAAUUCCUCGCUUAUGCGGUCAGCGGUAGCCGAAGCGAACGCGGCAUCUUUACCCACAAGAUAAACUCCGAUGGAAGUCUGGGACCUAGUCAACAGAUCCCUCUCAAUAACCUACGCAAGCCCUACGUCAUCGACUACGACCACGUGACGCAGUUUAUAUACUGGACUGAUGUCUAUCAUGGGCACAUCUCCAGGGCACUUAUACGAGGAGGCGCACAAGAAGUACUCGUAUCCGGGCUUUCUAGUCCAAAGGGGAUAGCUGUGGAUGUGACGGGGGGGAAUCUGUAUUGGUCGGAUGAAGGACUGGGGCAAGUGGAGGUUGCCAAGCUCGAUGGGAGGUUUAGGAGGGUUCUGAUUGGUAGUUUGGACUCGCCAAUGUCUUUGGUAGUAGACGUUGCACGAGGGUUUCUUUACUUCUCGUGCUGGGGACACAAUCCAAAAAUCCAACGUACAGACAUGGACGGACAGAACCUAAAGACCGUCAAGACUUUUUAUCACGUCCAACCACAUGGGCUCGCCAUGGACCACGCCCAAAACCGGAUCUACUGGAUUGACUGGUAUGGGGGUAGCCUUAAAUACUGUGACGUCAGUACUCUGCCGUGUGUGGCUCAAACGGUACUCAGGGGAAGCUGGUCGAGAAGUCCGUUCGGACUGGCUAUUAUAGAGAACUAUGUUUACUGGACGGAUACGUUUGCGAUGAGUGUGAACAGGGCGGACAAGCUGACUGGCGCAGGGGAGACGACCGUGGUGCAUGUUCCAUCAUCCGGGAUUUUACGAGACCUACACGUCUACUACAACAGUUCGGCACCACCAGACACUCACCCAUGCUCUAUAAACAACGGAGGAUGUACCCAUCUAUGUUUGGUGAAGCCUGGAUCGAGUUUCAAGUGCGCAUGCCCAACGAAUCCCACCGCUGCCAACUGCUCGACGAAUCCAAUGACGACUCAGACACCAUCAACGACAAAGCCUCCGACAACGACACAACCUCCGACAACAACACAACCUCCGACAACGACACAACCUCCGACAACGACACAACCUCCGACAACGACACGACAGCCGACAACAACACAACCUCCGACAACGACACGACAGCCGACAACAACACAACCUCCGACAACAACACAACCUCCGACAACGACACAACCUCCGACAACGACACAACCUCCGACAACGACACAACCUCCGACAACGAAACAACCUCCGACAACGACACAAACUCCGACAACGACACAACCUCCGACAACGACAAAACCACCGACAACGACACAACCACCGACAACGACACCACCUCCGACAACGACACCACCUCCGACAACAACACAACUUCCUACAACGACACAACCUCCGACAACAACAAAACCUCCAACAACAACACAACCUCCGACAACGACACAACCUCCGACAACGACACAACCUUCGACAACGACACAACAACAGACAACAACAAAACAACCGACAACGACACAACAUCCGACAACGACACAACAACAGACAACGACACAACCUCCGACAACGACACAACAACCAACAACGACACAAACUCCGACAACGACACAACAACCAGCAACGACACAACAUCCGACAACGACACAACCUCCGACAACGACACAACAACCAACAACGACACAACAUCCGACAACGACGCAACCUCCGACAACGACACAACAACCAACAACGACACAACAUCCGACAACGACGCAACCUCCGACAACGACACAACAUCCGACAAUGACACAACCACCAACAACGACGCAACCUCCGACAACGACACAACAACCGACAACGACACAACCACCGACAACGAGACAAACACAGACAACGAAAGUGCCUCCGACAACGAUCAAAUCAUCUACGACAACACAUCCUAGUGGCGUCUGCGUUCCUAACCCUUGUGCUAAUGGGGCUACCUGUAGGAAAAGGACUGGGGCUAGUAAAGGCUUUAUUUGUGCAUGUCCUGAAGGAUUCACUGGAAUCAAAUGUGAAUUUUAUUACGGUGAAGACAAAGUAUCGCUUAUCUUGGAAAUGAGCAUAAAGCAAUGGAACACGCUUAAAUUUCAAGAAAGUGUCGUGGUGUCAUUUAAUGAACUCUGCACAAAGGCGCCCUGCUCAUACAAGACAAACAGCGAAAGAAAGCGACGUGACGUAAACACCUUCCGGCCAUUCAUCACAAGUGACGUCAUCAUUACCAAAGAGCCAAUGCCUGCAAGCGAGUCUUUGCUUGAGGUCGAGGCUGUCGUUCUCCAGCCUUCAACCACCAAUAAGAACCGUCAGCCAAUACCACGUGAUUCUCUAUGCACAAUGGUUCGGGACUCCAGGAGCCAGAUCGCACGCAACUUUGGAGGGAACAGAGUUGUGUAUAUUAAUGGUGACAAGAGCCCGACGUGUGGGCAGGAGUUAGGGGGGAGCGCAGGUGGUCGUAAGGGAGGGGAGGCUAGCGCAAGACAGACAGGCCCGAGCGGGUCUAUUGCCGGGGCGGUGGUUGGAGGAUUGCUGAUGCUCGUCCUCGCUCUGGUGAUAUUCAUUCUGUACAGGAGACGAAAAGCCCUACAACAGCCAAACAGACCCAUCGAUUUCAACAAUCCUGGUUUCUAUGACGAUCCAGAUAAUCUUGACAACGAGCUAAAUCCCCAGCCACCUCCUUAUGAAGAAGUCGUCGUGACGAAAGGGCAUCGAGAUCUCUCACGACAACCAUCCAGCGAAUCAAUGGGCGCCCAGUCGAAUCCGAUCUACGCCGAGAUCGGACCGAGCGUGUACGAGAGGAUCGAUGAAAGCUCGGAAGGAAUGUCGGAAUGGCGAAUGAAUCCGAUUGAAGAGAGCCCCAGAAGGAUUGAUCUUGGUGAAUAUGAGAAUUUAGAGGGGAGGGGUGGGGAUUACGUAGGGAUCUCCCUUUCGACAUCCACUGAAGGUUCCCGUGGGGGUCCUCAUGUAGAUCCCAAAGGUGCACUACUAGAGGAUGAUAAUCCAGCUUACGCGCAUCUGAACAGACGUAGGCGAUUUACGGACGAGGAAGAUUACAGUCAUCUGAGGAACAUGACUCAGCAUGGAGUCAAUCAGAGGCCAGGUUAUAGUCAACUGGGGAACAUGACACAGCAUGGAGCCAAUCAGAGACCAUUUAGUAAUUCUGCUCCUCCACCUUAUGAAAACUCAACUACGGGAAACAUACAGAGGAAUCCGGGUUCUCGAGCAGGGCAUACAGGACGAGGGAAUGAAGGCGAUGUGGCAGCUACGACCAAUCGAGAUUCAGGUAAACAUCCGGGAGAGAGCACCGGAAAGAAGAAAGUACAUGGGAUGAGGUUUACACAUCCGGGAGAGUACGAUAAUGUUGAGAUUGGGUUGCCUCAGAACAGACACCAUGCGAGCAAUCACAGAGCAAGUAGGCAUCGCGUAACCCCGGUAACAAACUCCUAUGAAAACGGGUGGCUAAAUCAAGAUAAUCACGUGAUUGGAACACGUGACGUGUUGACAUUGCAGGACAAACCGUCAGAGGAGGAAACCAUUAUUUGAGCAUGCGCAGACAAUAUAUUAAUGAAGCAGACACUGGACUUGCGAGAGUAGAUAUCUUAAAACAAAUGUACAGAUAAUGGCAGUAGCCACUAGACCCUCGAACGUUAAGAGUGUCCUUAACACAGCCAAUUCAUAGUCUGAGGUCUAGCAUUUUCACAAACAAAGUUAUUUUUAGUCAGACUUCUCGGAAACUUUAGUUGACGAUUACCAAAUUUUAGAAUGUCGCUCGCUUUCAUUAUUUUUCUACUAUAUAUUCAUUAUUCAACUAGGUCUCUCAAAACGUCGUGUGUAUAAAGUCAAAAACGACCCUGAGUAGUUCGGACUACUCAUUGCACCAAUUAUACAAACUUUAUACAUUUGGAUUGUGCUAAGGCGCUAUUAGUGAUAUGAGGCUAAGUUCAAACGUCGUAUUAUCCAUGAACCGAAUUCAAUGCAAAUGCUCGCAAAUGAAUCAAGUCGAUUGUUUCAUCUCCAUUUGCAUGCAUUUGCAUUGAAUACGGCUCCUGGAUAAUACGACGUUUCAACUUACCCUAACUUGACUGAUAUGCUACUACGUCCGACCAGUGAGUUGAUAGAUCGGAAUAAGGAAAUAAACUGCGUCAAUUGUGUGUGUUUUUAAAGAAAA